GUCGCUUGCGGUCAGCGUGACAUUGAACGCCUCCGCGAUGAACCUUAUCAGAGCUGUCAUGCCAAUGUGAAGGAGAGUUGACCGGAGUCAGGCGCAGUUCCUCAUCAGGAUGAUCCUUACAAGGGCAGGUGAACCUCAUGGCUGCGGUGGCGCGAAGACCGCGACCUAGCUGGGAAGUUGACUGGACGCGUCGGGCUGAAAAUAUUCUGCGACAGCUGAGCGGUGCGCGCAGGCAAAGCCCGCAUGCACACCUCCGAGCGGCGCUCGAGUGGUGGUCCGCACCUUCGUCCCUCCCUUCAUGACGCUCCUUUUCUUCGUACUGCUUCUGCUUGUGCGCUUCGCCUCGCGGGUGCAUGGGGCGCAGACGUUCUCGCCUGCAGCAAUCCCAUAUGCUGUUCGUACGCCUUACCUCAACACAUGGAUGAAUACACCCGUCAAUUCGAACAUUCCGAGCGACUGGCCAACGUUCUGGGGUGGGCAAAUUACUGGAUGGAUCUUUUACAUUCAGGUCGAUGGAAAGACGUACAGCCUGUUCGGCACUAGUGCGGCUCAAGGGAACGACUCCGUAACUGCUGGUGCGCUCCUCGAGACGGAGCUGACCCCGACCCGCACCAUACACGUACUUGAGGCAGGUCAUAUGAAUGUGACGCUGACAUUUCUGAGUCCUAUUACCCCAUCCGACCUCGUACGCCAAUCGCUUCCGUUCACCUACUUGGCCGUGGAUCUCGCAUCCACUGAUGGGCAACCGCACAGCGUACAGCUGUACUCUGACAUAACCGGAGAAUGGUUAUCUGGCGAUAGAAGCCAGGAGAUGACGUGGAGCCCUCCGACGCAGACUGGCGACAUGAUCUAUCAUCAACUGAAGCUCGUGACAUCGUCAGCCUUCCAAGAAAAUGGUCACCAGGCCGUGGAUGGUACAGCAUACUAUGCGAUGGGACUUGAACAAGGCCGGAACAUCACUUGGCAGACAUGCCCCGCCGGCCCCUGUCGGGAAGAAUUCAUUUCAGGUGGUGGUGUCAAUGCAAAUGAAAACGAUAGUACCAAUCGAGCCAUCAAUAACGACUAUCCUGCUUUCGCCAUCUCGGUCAACUUGGGCAACGUGUCCUCUGUGAAUUCGCACAUCGUUUGGGUUGUUGGCUACGUUCGCGAUCCGAAUAUCGACUAUACUCUAUCGGGCAACACUACAUCCCUCCGUCCAUACUACACUACGAAUUUCAGCACUAUUGAGAGCGCCUUGGAAUUCGUCGUUGCCGACUUCAACAACUCGUUGACCCAGGCGAUGGCUUUCGACGCGGAUAUCCAAAGCGCAGCCUCCGAGAUCUCGCCUCAGGGCGAGCUGUACGACAUGCUGUCGCUUGCCACUCGGCAGGUGUUCAGUUCUUUGGAGAUUACGGCGCCCUAUCAGAUCGGCCAGACGGGCGGUGCGACUCGAAUCUUCAUGAAAGACCUGGGCAUUACACGACGUGUUACGCCCGUGGAGACCCUAUAUGCCGCGCUGCCCAUGUUCCUGUAUUUCAACAACGGCUCACUGGUCAAGCCACUCUUGGUGCCUCUCCUUGAACAGCAAAACGUAUCGAUAUCCAGAUAUCCCAGCGCGGCGAAGGAUCUCGGGGAGACUUUUCCUGCAGUAACUGGUCCGAACCUUGUAUCUCAAGAGGGAAUCGAACAAACGGGGAAUAUGCUGAUCAUUGCGCUUGCUCACGCCCGAUACUCAAACGACACAUCGUUGCUCCUUGAUUAUUACGCCUUGUUCAAGAAUUGGGCUCUGUAUUUGACCGACAAUAACAACGCACUGUAUCCCAAUGACCAGACAUCCAUCGACGACGGGUCGACCUCCCCAAAUUCGACCAAUCUCGCUGUGAAAGGCAUAUUUGCCAUUCAGGCCAUGGCAGAGAUUAGUCAGUUAGUCGGCCAAACCAACGAUUCCCAGCGGUUCAGUAGUAUUGCGUCCAGCCUCAUUGGGACGUGGCAGUCGCUUGCUCUAUCACCAGGCGACGGCACCGUGCUGGUCACAUAUGCCGGCCAACCCGCCAGCUGGGUUUUGCCGUACAAUCUCUACGUGCAGACCUUGUUAGGAUUCAACCUCGUGAAUCAAACGAUUUUCGACAAGCUCACAGUAACGUAUGGACAGUGGAUCGGGUCCCCCUCGAACGGCUAUACAUAUGGGCUUCCCAUCGAAAGCUCCGAGUCAUCGCCUGGAAAUCCUGGAAUGCGUUCGUCGCUGCUACCGCGACCAACGACACAGUCCGCGAUCAACUCAUCACUGCGGUCUGGAACUAUGCAUCGGAUAACACGGGAGGUACACCGUUCGGCGUAUUGUACGACGUCGAUAAAGGGACCUUCACGAACGGAUCGACGAGCCCCGCACUAGGAGGGCUCUUUGCCCCGUUUCUGCGCAGUGGUACCGUCGCCAUAUCGACAUCUGAGCCCGCUCAGCCAGCGUCAACGAGCACCUCGAAUGAUAGCAGUGGCUCGCACAUUGCUGUUGGGGCCAUUGCAGGCGGUGUCGUCGGUGG